AUAUGAAUGAACAUAAAGUGAGUGACUCUGCGUUUUGUUUGUAUUAAUAAUAUCAUUGAAAUCAAUGGUUUUGUUGACAAUUGAGUUAAUAAUUGAUUGAAAACAACAUUUGAAUUAUACUUUGUGUUUGAAAUUGACUUUUGAUUAAUUAGUGUAUCGAUUGUCCCGAACCAGUGGUCACUCGGAAUUGGAUCAAAAUGUUUGGUGGUUUUGGCUUAUUUCAAGAGCAGUUCCGUCCGUUCAAUAACCUGUACCGAUGUUAUUCGGUGGCCAUGUCUGGCACCGAGCGAUCGGACAUCGAGAAGGGAGGAAAGAUAAUAAUGCCACCGUCGGCGUUGGACACACUCACCCGACUUAAUAUUGUCUACCCGAUGCUCUUCCGACUGACAAAUUGUCGUCACAAUCGUUUCACACACUGCGGUGUACUUGAGUUUGUGGCCGACGAGGGAAAGGUAUUCCUGCCGUAUUGGAUGAUGAAGAACCUGUAUCUCGAGGAAGGAUCAAUGGUUCAGGUGGAGAGCGCGUCUCUACCUGUGGCCACGUUUUCCAAAUUCCAACCGCAAGCGCCCGACUUUCUUGACAUUCAUAACCAAAAGGCUGUCCUCGAGAACGCCUUACGUAACUUUGCGUGUCUGACCACCGGUGAUGUCAUUGCCAUUAACUAUAACGAUAAGGUUUACGAGCUCUGCGUUCUUGAGACUAAACCCGGAUCAGCCGUUAGUAUUAUUGAAUGUGAUAUGAAUGUCGAGUUUGCGGCGCCCGUUGGCUAUAAAGAGCCGCAGCGUUUGGGAAACAAUCAUAUCACUGAAGACGAUGAAAAUAUUGGAGAGGUUUCAGAAAGUGAAGACAUGAGUACCGAUACACAGACAUCGUUUCUGCCGUUUGUCUGUAAAGGCCAUCGAUUGGACGGCAAAAAUAAAGAAUUGUCACCAAAUGAGACAACAAAUGGUAAGACUGUUGCGCGAAGUCAACGAAGAGGUAUACCUGACUACGACUACAAACUAGGAAUUGUUCGCUUCAUUCGCACCACAAAACCGACGGUAAAGACCGAUCAAACAAAUGAUAAGAAGAGCGACUUUGAAGCGUUUAAAGGCGACGGCAAACCACUUGUCACUCGAAGACAUAACUAAUUUAAAAAUAUUUUUAAUUAAGUUUUUGUAUAUAUAUAACUAUUAUGAUAUAUUUAUAAAUUAAUAUUAAUUCAUUAAAAAAAUAACGACUCUUAUAGAGUCUAAA